AUGUCUGGUUUCCGCAAAGUGAUCGAUUCGAUCUUGACAUCAAAAUACAACAAGCCGUUCCCAGUCACGUUGUUGCCGUCCGCCAUUGGGUAUUAUCUGGGCGUGAAGCAGGGCGAACGACAAACGCAAUUGCUGCAGGAGAUUCAAGCGCUGGACAUUCAUGAUCAUGAGAAAGUGAGGCGUAUUUCUGAGCAUCCGAAGUGA